AUGGUGCGGAACUCACGAGUCACUGAUUACAGCGGUUUCGUCACAGCGUGCAGUGCGAGGCAAGCACUCGUCGGCUGGCAUAGUCCCGUGAGACUGCACCUGGGCCGGCGUUUCCGGCUGCUGAAAAGUCGCUGGACGCGGUGUUUCUGCGGGCACCUGCGCUGCCGGGCGCUCAACACGCUGUCGUGCACACAUAGGCGGCUGGCGGGUUCCGCAACCUGCGGACCGUUCGCAAAACGACCCGGAACUGUGCUGACUGCAGCGUGGUUGGCGGCUGUACCCUCAACGUCACGGGCAAUUGAGUCAGGUUCGGCUACCACGGAAUCAGUGAAGAGCGCCGCCGAGGAGAUCGGAAACACAGCAGCGCAAGCCGCUACAACAAAUAAUGUGGACUGGAGCUCGCAGCUCACGAACUGGUUGGCUGCGAUUGAUGCAGUGCUGCUGGUGAGCGCCACAAUUCUGACUAUCAUUGUGACAGUUCGCGACUGGCGCAGGCGAAGUGCUAAGAAAGAACAAGAGUCGAAAUCAAAGGAUUCAGGUGCAAGUAAAAAUGCUCGCGAAGGAGAUCGUUUGAAAGCAGCAGCGAACGCACCGCCCGGAAAACUCAACCGGUACCAACGACGCGAGUUACGGAAAAGACGGAAUCAAGACGACUCGUCGCUUUGA